AUGGAUAUGGUACGAAGCCGAUGUUUUCCCAUGCUUCGGAGAGGAAGGGGGCUGAUUGGAACCAUCGGUGGAAAUGGUAAUUGUCAUCAACAUCAGAAGUUUCACCAAAAUAAUCUUCCUCGCCACUACACAGUCAGUACUGGUGCUAGUUCUUGCCAUGAUGAUGAACAUCCUCGUCAGCUCGUUCUUGGUGUUCCAACCAAACGGAUGCAACAUGGGAUGGCAGCAACCCCACAAACCAGCUACACCAAACUAGAAGAGCCGAGUAUAAUCUACAACGACAAUCAUCUGUUGGUCGUCAACAAGCCACCCGGUUGGCACUCGGUUCCCAAUCCUACACAUUCUUCCAAGUGCCUGCUCACCAAAUUGAGAGACAUGCAACUGGGCGGUGGGUCCCGCCAAGACUUUUUGUUGCCUAUUCACCGGAUCGAUCAACCUUGUAGUGGAUUAUUGCUCUUUGGGAAGACCAGCAAAGCGGCAUCCAGAAUUACAAAACUCUGGAAACAAAAGCAAGUCCAGAAAUUCUAUUUGGCCGCUGUUUCAAGUAGCAAUUUGGAGUACUUACAGCGAUACUCGGUUCCGUCCAAAGACAGUGAUGAAUGGUUCACAUUGCAGGGGGCAUUGGAGAGCCAAAAAGAGGGAAAGCAACAACGAACCGUUCGUAUUCGCCCAUUGUCGACGGCACCUGCUGGUACAACAGCACAACAAUCCAAGCAACAAGGAACGCGAAUAUUGUCUGUUCGCUGGAAGCUCGUUGAAAUGCCCUUGCUGGAUGACUGGGUAUCACCCAACAACAAUCCCCACUCUAUGAUAAUCGUCCAGACCACGGAUGGAGCUCGCCAUACGGUACGGUCACUCUUGUCGCAAGUUGGCAAGUGUCCGAUUCAAGGAGAUUUACGAUAUGGCGGCAACAAUACAGCAUUGGGAGUACUACCGGACCAAUCGGUGGCCCUCCAUGCCUAUCGAGUACAAUUGGACGCAAAGCUCCAACUUGGUAGUUUGAGUACCUUUGAGUUUGAAGCACCAUUUCCGGCCACAUGGAAAUCCUACUUUGGGUUUUCUGUCAAAACGGGGAUUCACUGA